UUGUUUAAAUUUGUAAGACAAAAUAAAAUAAAUUUAACCCAAACACACUUUAAUCAUGGCAGUUGAUGACUUUAUGGAAGAGGCAUUUGCAGAAGCUCGCCAAGCUCUGGCCUCCGGCGAAGUUCCAGUGGGCUGUGUUUUCAUAUACAAUGGUGCCAUUAUAGCUCGUGGUGGUAAUCAAGUUAAUGCAACUAAAAAUGCCAGCCGCCAUGCUGAAUUCAUCUGCAUCGAUCAGGUCUUGCAAUACUGCUCAUCAAAUAAGUUGAAACAUUCAGAAGUUUUUCCACACAUUUCAGUCGUAGUAACAGUGGAGCCAUGUAUAAUGUGUUCGGCGGCUUUGCAUGAUCUGAGAGUUAAAGAAAUCGUUUAUGGUUGUGCUAACGAUCGUUUUGGUGGUAAGACAGUAGUUGAUGUGCCACUAGUUGUGGGUCACCAUUUGAAUAUUAAAGGUGGUUUGAGGGCCGACGAGGCCAUGGAGUUGCUUAAAGAUUUUUAUAAGGGCGAAAAUCCAUCGGCGCCUAUGGCAAAAAGUAAACGGUGAUUUUAGUAUAGGUACAUAGUUAUUAUUUAUAUUAUAAGUGAAGUAGUUUUAUAUACAAUAAAUAAAACGGGCAUUUUCCUUUGAUACUUUAUAGACAACUAACUAAAA